AUGACUUUAGAACAAGGAGAAAAACUUCCUAAUAGGGAUCACAAAUAUGUUGAAGUACAAACCGAAGAUAAAGAAACGGGUAAUUGUGAGCCAAAAAGAAAUUAUACUCAAGAAUAUAUCAGCGCAACAAUUUCAACACUUGGUACAAUUAUUUGUGGAAUACAAUUUGCUUGGCUAGGUCCAAUAUUACCACAACUAUUGUCUGGAAAUUUUAAAAUACAAAUAACUUUGGAACAAUCUGUAUGGGUUAUUGGUGUAUUACACAUUGGUGCUCUUCCAGGAUCGAUUUUAGCAUCAAAGCUAACAAAUUAUUUUGGAAGGAAAAAUACAAUUUUUUUAACGACAAUACCGUUUAUUCUUUCAUCUUUAAUUAAUAUUUUCGCCGAGACAGUGGUGCAUUAUUAUAUAGCACAAUUUAUAGGAGGUUUGGGUUUUGGUGCAAGCUUUGUAGUUGUCUCAACGUACAUAAGUGAAAUUUCAUCUCCAGAAAUCCGUGGAAUUUUAUCUACAUUAAUUCAAUUGGCAAAAAGUGUUGGAAUAUUGAUUGUUUUUGUUUUAGGCGCGUAUUUACCAAUUGUUACUUACUGCUCUGUUUUAGCAAUUUUUCCAAUUAUUCAGUUAAUUUGCACGUUUUACUUGCCAGAAACACCAUAUUUUCAUGUAAUUAAAAAAGAUUAUAAUAAAGCAGAAAAGGCAUUGAAAUUUCUUCGAAAUAAAUCUAUGGUUCAAGAUGAAUUAAAAUGCUUAAUUGAAGGCUUUAAAGAAGAAAUUCCAGAAAGCCAUCAAUCAUUUUGGGACGUGUUCAGAGACAAAACAAAUCUUAAAUCAAUAAUUAUAUUAACUGUACUUUUAAUGGGCCAAACAUGGACAGGAUUUUCAGCUUUUUUUGGAUAUUCACAAGUGAUUUUUGAAGAUAGUCAUUCAAGUAUUUCUGCUGAAACAUGUGGAAUAUUUGUAGCUCUCAUGAAUUUUGGUGUUGUGUUUCUUUCUGGGCCAUUAAUUGAUCGAUACGGGCGACGUAAGUUAUUAAUGGCGUCUGGAAUAAUUACUUUUUUACCGCUGGCUAUGUUAGGUGGUUAUUUUUAUUUACAAGAUUAUACAAAUUUUGAGCAUAUCGAAAAACUACGAUUAAUACCGUUAAUUGCAAUGGUGUUUUAUAAAUUUUCGUAUGGAAUGGGUUUAAGUGGAAUCCCAUAUAUAAUGGCGGGAGAAUUAUUCCCAACAAGUGUUAAAUCUUAUGCUAUAUCUAUAAUUACAAUUAAUAGGGGUGCAAUUGGUGUUGUAGGAAAUAAAAUAUAUCAAGUUGUGCUCUCAGAAUUUGAUUACCCUGGUGUAUUCGUGAUGUUUAUAAUAUUGUUAAUUUUACUGUUAAUAUUCGUUUAUUUUGCAGUACCAGAGACUAAAGGAUUAACUCUGGAAGAGAUUCAGGUUAAAUUAAGAAAAUCGAAUAAAACGUAAAAAAAAUAC